GAUACUGAUAUUGGUUUAAAAUGGAACCAGUGGUGCCACUGGUUCCAUUGCCGUGAAAUGGAGGCGGAGUAUGGACUUUAUUUUUUGCGCAAUUACCAGCUAGCCCCGUUACCCGGGACGCCUGCGUUGCUACUGUUUGUUUUCCCGCUGGGCGGCCGUGAUACGCGACAGGAACAGGAUGAGACUGCUCCCGAACCUGAAAUCGUCGUAUCGGUAUCGUCUGCAAAACCGGUGGUUGAGAGGCCCACCAGCAGGCUGAACUCAUCGCAAUCCUUUGGGUUGGCAAAGCCACCUCCGCCGAAGUUCGCAGUAGGUGCUGCAGAGGAGUCAGAGGUUGUGGUGAUUGACACUUUGCGGGAGCCGGUUGCAAAGGCGGCACAGGCUGCACCAGAAGAGGACUUAGUCGCCACCGGCACUUUGUCCGACGACGAAGAACUCUUGCUUGGCGGUGGAGCUGGGGACACCAAGAAGCAGAAACUGGGUGACGGUGUGGACAGCGACUCAGACCCUGAGAAAAGUGGCCCGGCAGUUUCUGCGGCGGCACCGGUGGCCCCGGUGGCCCCCGCGGCCUACACGGAGGUGCAGCCGGAAGCGUUGGUGGAGCGCACGGAGGUGAGCCCUCCCACGCCCAUCGGGCGCCCCGCGCUGCAGUCGUCGCCUCCACCAGGUGGUGAGGCACCCCUGCCAGUGAUGCCAGUGGCGGUUGGUGUGGCAGCCCUCAGCCAGGCGCCUUGCAGAACUGGUCAAACUUCUAAUGUGGAGGAUGGCCUGAUUCUGCCUGUGCCACAAGAGAGACAACUGCGCGACAUGGAUCAGCAGGUGGAAGAACUCUUGGACAGGUUCUUUGAAAAUAGCGAGGCAUGGGCUCUCAUUCAGCAGGUGAUUGGUUCCGCGCAAAUGCAGGAACCUGGCAUUGGCCUGCAGUACUUCCGCAUUCAGGUGCCAUCUCCUUACCCGGGCGUUCAGUUCCGAAAGUCGAUGCAUUUGGACGACAGGUACAGUCGCUAUGCAAAACAAGGCCAGACUGUGGAGGGUGUCGUUGAAGGUGGUGGCGAAUGGCUUCGCAUCAGUGACAAGAUCUUCCUUCCCAUGAAGGUGGGCCCGGUGGGAAUCAUGCAGCCUAUCAGCAAGGAGGAACGGGAGGAGGCAGUGAGGCUUGAGAAGGAGCGCCGAAACGGCGGAGAAGCGAGUCCCGUGGGGUUCAGCGACUUGCCCACCACCUCAGAGGCUGCUGGCCCAGCAGAGCCAGAGGUCGACCAGAACGUUCUGCGACCCAACAGCUUGAGGGGCUUGCCUGAAUCGAUUUGUAAAGCGCCAUUACGAGAUCCGCAGGCCUUGAACGAGUUCUACUCGCAGAAUCCCAUCAAUGCACUGGGGGACACGCCCAGACGGGCACUACAUCCUUGGGGCUCUCAGGAGCCAUCAAACUGACGUAUGCUGUGCCUCCGCCUCCAAAGAUUUCCGGGGUGAGGCUCAGCAGCUGCCCGUCACCGCGGCUCACCGCGACGCGCUGUUUCUGUUAAAAAGAGAGCUG